AUGCUGUCCCGUGUCGGUGCGGCCAAGCGGUUUCUGCAGGCCGCGAGGAGCAACAAACAUCUGAACGCCUUCAUCUCGCUCAAGCCCGAGGAGACGCUUCUUGCGGAAGCUGCGUCUGUGGACUCCCGGUUGGGGACUUUGCAAAAGUCAGAACAUAGCAGCAUCGAUGGCCGCAUCAUUGCCGUCAAGGACAAUAUCUGCACCACCGACCUCCCCACGACCUGCGCUUCAGAGAUGCUACGAGGCUACGUCUCACCCUACGAAGCCACGGUCGUCCAGAACCUGAAGCGCGCCGGCGCAAUCAUCAUGGGCAAGACCAACAUGGACGAGUUCGGCAUGGGAUCCCACUCCAUCUACUCCGCCUUCGGCGCCGUGGUUGGUCCCUCGCCGCCGGAGAGCCAGCAUCCGAGAUCGGCGGGCGGAAGCUCGGGCGGGAGUGCGGUCGCUGUGGCUAUGGGCAUGUGUGAUGCUGCGUUAGGAACAGAUACCGGUGGAUCAGUGCGGCUGCCUGCGUCGUACUGCGGGGUGGUGGGCUUCAAGCCAUCGUACGGCAUGCUCUCCCGGCUGGGGGUUGUGGCCUAUGCAAACUCGCUGGACACCGUGGGGAUCCUGGGGAAGGACGUGGAGAGCGUGAAGAAUGUUUUCGAUGAGAUCAACGAGCACGAUCCCCGCGACCCCACCAGCCUUUCCGCCGAGACCCGCAAACGCCUGCGCGAGAAUCUGUCGGAAUCAAGCUACAGCAAAGAGUCUUUACGCAUAGGAAUCCCAGCGGAAUACAACGUCCACGAACUCACCCCCGCCGUGCGCGAAGCCUGGGAAACGGUCGCCCAAAAGCUCCUCUCGCUCGGCCACCAAAUCACCAACAUCUCCCUCCCGCACACCAAGCACUCCCUCUCCUCCUACUACGUCCUCGCGCCCGCCGAGGCCUCCUCCAACCUCGCCAAAUACGACGGCGUGCGCUACGGCCACCGCUCCGACGCCGACCGCAGCACCCCCCCCGACAACAUCCUCUUCGCACCCACCCGCCACACCGGCUUCGGCGCCGAGGUGCGCCGCCGCAUCCUCAUGGGCGCAUACGCGCUCAGCUCCGAGGCCAAGGAAAACUACUUCAUCCAGGCGCAGAAGGUGCGCGCGCUCGUGCAGAGGGACUUUGACCAGGCCUUUGUGCAGCCGAAUUGGCUCAAGUGCGGCAAGGACAAGCGGGGGCCACCCGGGGGUGGCGGUCGCGUAGACGUGAUUCUUGCGCCGUGCGCGCUGUCGACGGCGCCGUUGUUGAGCGAUGUGAGGGGGCAGGCGUCGCCGCUGGAUGCGUAUGUGAAUGAUGUGUUGACGGUGCCGGCGAGCCUUGCGGGGGUGCCGGCGGUGAGUGUGCCGGUGUUUGUGGAGAGUGGGCAGAAUCAGCAGAGGCGGCCGAUUGGGAUGCAGAUUAUGGCGCAGUUUGGGGAUGAGAAGGUGUUGUGGGAGGCAGCGAAGAUCUUGGAGGGGUUGGGGACUAUCAAGGCCUAG